UGAACCCAUGUGGUUCCGAUGGAAUGUUACCUUCUUUUUUGUGAGUUGUAUUCAGCUGCAUGUCAGAGCUACGGUUGAGGAAUGUUCGAGGUCUGGUCUUGCAAGCGGACGCUAAUAAAAUGUUUUUUCUUGGCAGCACUGCUCACUUUUUUUGUCGGGUUCUUUCUGAAUCGCAGAGGUCACGCUAAGGCCGGCCAGAGUCUGCAUCCUGUUGAUAAGGAGUUUUACGCGGUGAUCUCUCCGUCUACCUACAAGUAUGUCCUCAACCAGCCGGAGAAGUGCAAAGGGCGGCAUCCCUUCCUGGUGCUCAUGGUGCCGGUAGCGCCGAAGGACCGAUCCUCCAGGGAUGCGGUCAGAAAGACAUGGGGACAGGAGGACUCCAUCCCCAAUGUGGACAUCCUGAGGUUGUUCUUCGCAGGGCUACCCCCCGGGGAUUGGGGUGGAGUGCAUAUCCAGAGCGACCUGGAGAAGGAGAGCCAGGAGCACCGUGACAUCAUCCAGAUGGACUUCCUGGACAGCUACGGCAACCUGACUGUCAAGACCAUGAUGAUGAUGCACUGGCUGGCUUCCCAGUGUGGCCACGCCUCCUACGCCAUGAAGGUGGACGCGGACAUUUUCCUCAAUGUACACUACCUGGUGCAGCACCUCCUGGACCCCACAGCCGGCACCGCCAGGCGGGGCUUCAUCACGGGCUCAGUCAUUGCCGACGGUCGCCCCCGGCGAAACAGGAACAGCAAGUGGCACAUCCCAGAGGAGGUGUUCCCCGAGGAUUCGUACCCCCCUUACGUCUCGGGCGCGGGGUACGUCUUCUCCACCGACCUGGCCGGGAAGAUUUCGUGGGCCUCCAGGUUCGUCAGGCCGCUCCCCUUGGAGGACGUCUACGUGGGCCUCUGCCUGCGUUUGCUGGGCGUUCGGCCGGUCUACUCCUACAGCCUUGCCUCCAUGCGCAGCCUGUUUGUGGUUGGAAACCUGGAGUACCGCAGGUGCGCCUAUUCUCAGCUCGUCCUGGUGAACGGAUUUCCGCCUCACCGCCUGCUCCGCGUGUGGCAUGACUUUCAGAAAGCCCCGUUCACAUGCUGAC